AUGUGGGGCCCUGCCCUGCCCUUCCUCUGCCUCCUGAUUGCAGACGCCGUCUCCGCUCAGGGACAGGGGCCGUGUGGGGAUUGCUACCAGAUCCAGACGCCCGUCAUCGUCGGCGUGGUGAUCGGCGACCUCAUCUUCACCCUGUUCCUCAUCGCUGGGGUGUAUCACUGCACCAAGCGCUGCGGCAAACCCACGGGCAACAGCGAAGACCAGAAGGUUUAUAUGAACAUGCCUGGAAGAGUCAACUGA